CAUGGCUCUGAAGCACGACGACGCGGCCGUCGUCGACGCGCCGGCCAUUGACGUCGCCCGCGACCGGUUCCCGUUCUGCAUCGUGUGGUCGCCGCUGCCGGUCAUCACGUGGUUCCUCCCGUUCAUCGGGCACAUGGGCAUCGGUGACUCGCACGGCGUCAUUUACGACUUUGCCGGCCCGUACCACAUUGGCGAAGACCACUUUGCCUUCGGGCGGCCGACGCGGUACCUUCGCCUCUCGCUGCCCGAGAGCCUCUCGGCCGACGACUGGGACGACGGCGUCCGCGCCGGCUGCGCCAUCUACCGCAAGCGCAUGCACAACAUUUGCUGCGACAACUGCCACUCGCACGUUGCGCGCUGCUUGGAGUCGAUGGGCUUUCCGCGCCCAUCCGGCGGCUGGAACAUGAUCUACCUCUGCUUCUACAUGCUGUGUUGCGGCUCGUUUGUCAACGCCAAGGGCGCACUGCUCACAUGGGGGCCAUUCCUUGCCCUUGUCGCUAUCGCGAUUCUAUGGCACGUCGUCGCUUGAGCGCUUUACAGUAUACGGCGUUGUUAUAACUCAG